UGAGAUGCAAUUAUGGGGUCUGUUCGACUAACGGGUUUCUUUAGCUCGGCGCGUCUAACGCGUCCCACUUCCGGCGCUCUGACCCACGCUGCCAAUCGACGGUAGCUCCGUGAAAGAAGCGAGCGACUCGACACUCGACAACGCAGCCCGAUGCAAUGCCGAUGCCGAUGCCGGAACUUGCGACGAAGCUGACGUGACAGCUGUCUUCCCCUUUCCAUAUCCUCACCAUGGACGUCGACGCCACCCCGAACGGCCGAAAACGAGCCCACUCACAAGCUGAUGAAGUUGCUCCGACUCCCGCCUCCGUCAAGAAGCGCCGACUCGACGACCUCUCCACCGAAUCGCCAUCAUCGACGCCAAAAGCUCUGAGUGCGAUUGCCUCCGCGAUCUCUGGUGUCUUUGGAUAUGGACAGAAGACCCAGCAGCCCACGAAUGGCAGUGCCCAAGUACCUACCUCCGACCACCCGUCCGAAGUUCAACAACCACCGCCGCCUCAAUCACAACCACAGCCAAAACCUGCCAUUUUCCGCCCGGCAAUCAAGGGGUUCGCAUUGAAAGGCACGAUAUGGGAUGAUGGGGAGGAACGUCGCCCAGUCCUACCGAAGAAGAUCGGCCCUGGCAGGCCGCCCAAGGCGGCCACUCCAAAGAAAGCCCCUGCGCCAAGGGGCAGGCCUCGGAAAAAGAAGAUUCAAGAUGUUGUCGAGCCCGAGAAUAGGGGGGAUAACCUCGGCGUCUCCCCCUCAAAGGCACAAGCAGGCGAACACGACACCGCCGAUGAAUUGUCAACGAAUUCUAUGCAGAAGCUGCUUUCAGCUCGCAAACCCGCGCCAAAGGGGAUCAUGACUCCAACAAAGAAGCGAGGCCCCCGGAGUCGGAAGAGCGUGACAUUUGGCUCCGGGAAAGAUGUCAACGGGGAGGUAUAUUUCGAAGACUUGCCCAUGAAACCACGAGGCCGCAAGCCUGCUGUGCCUGCGGCAGACGAGAUCGUCUGCGAGAUCUGCUCGAAGCCUGAUUCCAAGGCACCAAACCAGAUCAUCCUAUGCGACAACUGCGACUUUGCAGUCCACCAGGAAUGUUACGAGGUUCCAGAAAUCCCCGAGGGUGAUUGGUUAUGUAAAUCAUGCGCGCAGGAGGAUGUAUUGAAAACGCCAAAGAAGACCGAGGAUGCUGAUGAAACAACCGUUACUGCUGCUGCUGUCGCCGCUGCCGCUGCCGCUGCCGCUGAGGUUCCCGAUAUCCCGAAUCUCGAUCAGCAUGUCAGGACAUUGCAAAGAGUCCUCGUGGACCGGUGUACAGGACGAAGGCGGAUAAAAAUGUUCGGGCAGCAAGAGGCACACGAAAAGGUUCAUCAACUAAUUGAGCAGACGGUUGUUGCUGGUGAGGGAAACUCGAUGCUUGUAAUCGGAGCGAGGGGCUGCGGAAAGACGGUGCUCCUGGAGACCAUUAUUUCGGACUUGUCACAACAACAUCGGCGUGAUUUCCAUGUGGUCCGACUGAACGGCUUCAUUCAUACCGACGACAAAUUGGCCUUGAAGGAGAUCUGGCGACAACUCGGCAAGGAAAUGGAGGUUGAAGAUGACCUCGUGAACAGAACCAACUACGCAGACACCAUGGCGUCGCUGCUCGCUCUCCUGUCACAUCCGUCCGAGAUCCUGGGCACAGACGAGGGUGUCACGUCGCAGUCCAUCGUUUUCAUCAUUGACGAGUUUGACAUGUUUGCAUCGCACCCUCGACAAACACUCUUGUACAACUUGUUCGACGUUGCGCAAUCCCGAAAAGCGCCCAUCGCUGUGGUAGGUUGUACUACUCGGUUGGACGUUGUGGAAAUGCUUGAGAAGCGAGUCAAGAGUCGGUUCAGUCACCGUUAUGUCUAUCUCUCACUGCCAAGGGCAUUACCAUUAUACUGGCAGAUGUGCAAGCAAGGGUUGAUGGUAGAGGACAAUGAUGCUAGGAAGGAGGGUAUCGAUACGAGCCUCGAGGGACACGAUGAGUUCCAAAAGUACUGGAGCCACAAGAUCGAGGCACUAUACAAGGAACGAACAUUCCAAGAUUUGCUUCAGUACCACUACUACACGACCAAGUCAGUCUCGGCAUUCCUGACCGAGUGGAUCCUGGCUCUGUCGUCCCUCUCAGGAAAGGAUGUGACACUGAAGAUACCACCCGUACAAGGGGACGUCGACUCGCUCACGCCGCCCGACUCUCGGCUACACCUCCUGUCGACUUUGGCGGAUCUCGACCUGGGGCUCCUCAUCGCAGCGGCCCGUCUGGACAUUGUAGCACACACGGACACGGUCAACCUCGCGAUGGCGUACGACGAGUACAGCUCGCUGAUGGGCAAGCAGCGAGUGCAGUCGGCAACAUCGGGUAUGCUGGCUGUAGGUGGUGGUGUUCGCGUCUGGAGCCGUGGCGUUGCGGGCAUCGCAUGGGAACGCCUCAUCUCGCUCGGACUGCUGGUACCCGCCGGCAUUGGAGGGGCCCGAUCGCUAGGACAUGGCGGACUGGAAGGCAAAAUGUGGAAGGUGGAUGUGGCCCUGGAAGAGAUACCCGCUGCGGUGAAGCUGAGCACUGUGUUGGCAAGGUGGUGCCGGGAGAUUUAGACGUGUACUAUGUAGCAAUACCAGGUGACAAAACGCCGAUGGAGACUAAGCGAUGGGCCAGCCAGCUGGUUAGUGUAUAUCCAGGCCCGGUUCUGUAUGUAUGAAUAAGAAUAAGAGUAAACAUAUGAGCCACACACAU